UUUUGCAGAAGGAUAAUAGAAUUUAUAGGAUAUUUUCCAUAUUAUAAAAUAUAGAAUAAUUAUACUAAAUAUGUUACUAAGUUAUAUUAAUUUACUGGGAAUUUUGACUAUUGUAAUAAAUGUGAAGGCAGUUAACGUAACGUCUGUUCAAAACAACUCAACACCACCGAAUGAAAACAAUAUGACAAUUCAACAAAAACAAUGGCUUUUUAGAGAUUAUAUAAAAAAAUUCAGCCCAGUCGUAGUGUGGAAGAGAAUUGAUGAGGAGAACAAAGCGUUAGGUGUUAAUAAAACUGUAAAAGAUGAGUUAGAAAAUGUACUGAAGGGUAUAGAUGAAACCGAUGAGUUGUUGUCCCUAAAAGUAGAAGACGGUGACGCAAAAAUUAUACUAGAAAGAGACGGAAGGAAAAGAUGGGUGCCGCCGGGGAAAUACGAUGAGAAUAGAUCACAGCGGGAUCCUUUUUAUCUAAGGAAAAGAUUUUUUGAACUGAUGAAACAAGCCAUCUAUCAGGCGAGAAACAAAAUGGUGUUAAUGCAAAUGUUCAGGAAGAAAUAUUCCAGUUCCCCGUUGUACAAGAUGGGCUUUUUGUUCAGCAAAACGGAUACACGUUGCAAGAUAUUUUCAAAAUUUGCAUUCCGAUCUUAUAAAGCGUGUAGCACGUUAAGGCAAGGGAAACAUUAUAGGCAUGAUAUAUACGGUGCUCUACAAACUGAAGAGAGAUUAGUUCAAAUAUGGUUCGAAAUAGAGUUGCUUACCGAUUUAAUUGUACAAAACGACGUGAACUGCAAAGCAGUGAUAAAGAAGUAUCAACAUGACAGAAUAAAGCAUUGGAAAUUCAUUGAUUGAAAUUAACUUUUUUUCAUACAACACCUGAGUGAAAACUUGAAAAUAUUCUAUAUCCAAUUCUUUUUUUAAAAAAAUAUACAUAUA